CGAGACCCUGUCGCAGAGUCAAGCCUCCUUCUGACCAUGAGCACGCGCCUGACACCCCUCCUCGCGACCGAUCAAGCUUGGCCUUCCUCCCGAUCACCCAGGACGUCCUCCGUGGCGGUUCAAGGCUGGGCACAAGAUCCUCAAAUCAUUCUCCAGACAUGGCAUCAAAAACAGCAAGCCAAGCGCCAGACGCAGCUUUCGAGCACGCGGGCCACGCUCUCGACGAUGCUCAGAGUAGUAGGGACGACUCUUUGGAAGGCAUUGCGAAUCGUAUACCAAGACUGCGAGAUUCGCAAGAUCCCCUAAAGCUGACUCCGCUGAGAGCGCACUACUUGAAGAAGACCUUGGUACAGCUGCAGGCAGAGAGAGAGAUCAAGAGCCUCAGUCAGAAAGAUGCACUCUCCUCCUUCGGGCCUCCCUUCUCGCCCUCUGCCGCUGUGACGCGAGCCGACGUUCCUAUCCUCCGCUUCCUCUUCCACCACUUCGUCGUCACUUUCCCUUUCCUGCGAUCUGCACCCGCCAACUUCUGGCCCGAGAAGGUACAAGUAUUUGUGACUCGCUUUCUUGAGCGGAACAUCAGCGGCAUGACUCCAGAAGAAGGGGAGGUCAGCAAGCGCAAGAGGCUCAGCAACAAGAUCGCGAAAUGGGUCACAUUACUUGUUGGAGCGGCAGUGCACGUGCAAGGCGUGCAGGAAGAGGUUUUGACCAUCGCACCGCAGGACCGGGAGAGGAUGGCGGCGGCUCAAGCCAGGAUGAAGGCUGCUCUAGCCGGUCUCGCGAGCGAGCAGGCCGGCUUUGAUGUGAAUGUCGUUGGUGUCAGAACAGUCAAAACCAAGCCUUCCAGACUGGCUCGCAGCAAAAUUCACGACGAGUUUCUUAUCCGAACACGGCGCCAAGACUUUCCCGAUGUAUUCGUCAGUCGCCGUUAUGGCGACUUUGCAAGGCUUGCCGACACCCUGAAGCUAGAGUUUCCUGGAGAAGACAUUGGAAGACCGCCAGCAAAGGACAGGAGAGGGACGCAAUUUGCGGGCACUGUCGGAGGCAGUCAAUUUAACGAUGGGGACGCUGUGAUUGAUAAUUCUCUGCAGUUUGGAGGAGUGAAUCUUGAAGACAUAUCCAGCCAUCCGCAGCCUAGACAACGGACGCUGAGCUCUGGAGCAGGGCUCUCCUCACGAGCAGCUGCGCACGCAGCUACUCGCGGACACGAAUUCAGUGGUCGAGCUCGGGACGAUAGCGAAGUGCCGCCUCCUCUUCCCGGGCAGAUCGCACAGCCUUUUAGCAGGCCAGCGGCAGCCUCAGCAGCUCCGCUCGCUAGAGAGAAGAACCGGCUCACCCUUCGAGCGUAUGUCCGCUCCCUCUUGGCCAUUCCUUCAGUUGCAGACUCUGCAGCUUUAUCCUCCUUCUUGCUCGAGGAUGCGACGACCCUGUCCUCUGCAGAGGUUGAGGAUGUGGCAGCUAGAGAGGCUCUGGACGCUGUGCGCGAAGAUGAGGCAGGCAGAUUUGCCAGUGAAGCCAGCCGCAGGAUAUCAGAGUUACGCGAGCACAUCUCAGCUUUCAAGUCCGAUCUUGUGCAACGCGACGGUCUUACUCGAGUUUUUAGCACCAUCAAGCACACGCCGAAUAUUGAGGAACUGCCCGAAAGCUAUCGAGCUCUGCUUUCUUGGGGCCGUAUCAGUGCUGCCAGCACCCUCUUCCACUUGUUCAUGGGCACCGACACAUCAUCGGACCUCUUCGCUCAGCUGAAGCGCAUCCACGGUCUUAUGCCAUAUUUCAUGCUGAGGGGCAUUCUGCGCAUCUCCAAUCCAGUAUCGAUGAUCCGAUCGGUCAUCGACUUGUUCUUGGCUCAACCUUUUGGACAGAGGAGCCUACUGCAGCGUAUGUUUACAAGCAGCAUGCAAGAAGAGGUUAGAGAGCUGGAACGCAUGUUGAUGGCCGUCAAAGGCAAAAUAGAGGACGAAGACUUGUGCGAGAGGGUCAAAGCAUUCGUCAAUGCGCCAGUAGAAUAUCAAAGAGCUCUGAAGGCUCAAGCUAAAUCGGAGAGGCUCGACAUUCUCACGUGCAUCCUGAGGUCUCCACCAGCAGGUACCGCACCUUUGACGAGACCUCAAAUCACGCGAGUGGUGAGGGCAAGCAGAGCUUAUGAGGUCUACAAGCAGUAUCGUGCAAAUCUGGGUCGCGGCGAGGAAGAUCAAGGGCCCGAUGCCGUGGCGCCCGACGCCUGGCUUUACGAAGAUUUACACAUCUACUUGCGAUGCUUGACCCGCCUUCGCGACAAAGAACAAAUGAUCAGCUUGAUCUUUGAAGGCGUUACUUCCGAACUGCUCAAGGAUAUUGUCACCAUCUUCUACUCGCCUCUAGCUCAAGUCUACAAGGCUGCCAACAUCGCUGACAGCUUGUCUGAUCUGCAAGCCUUCAUCAACGACCUGAUCCGUACUGUUGAGGGCCACGAGGAGUUGAGCUACGUAGACCCUCAACGCACAGUGCAGGUCUUUAUCGACCUGGUAGGACGGCAUGAAGGGCGUUUCUAUCACUUUGUGCACGAAGUACAUUCGAAGGGCUCUGGCCUCUUUGAUGGUCUCAUGCACUGGAUCGAGCUGUUCAUCAACUUUGUUCGCGGACCUGACGAGGGGCCGAAUAGCAGUGCCUCUGCAAAGGCAGAAAGAGUCAUCGAUUUGACCACUCCAAAAGCCUACCAGCAAAGUUUCCAGCCUCAACAGCCAAAAGGUACUCUAACACGGCGCGGCGUUGGACAAGUGGACUUGGAGAUCUGCAUGCCUGCAGGCGGCGCAGAGCGACGCGCUGCUUUGGCCGAGAUCGAUGCCAUCGUCGUACAUGCCUACAGAAUCAAGAUGGUUCGUGAGCUGAAGCUAAGGCGCAGACUCGCCAACAAGGAAGUAGAGGGCGCAGCCACGAAGUUGAUGGGUGCGGGUGGCGGUGAUCUCGGAAGCGCUGCAAGCUCCGGGUUCGUUGAUGAUGACCAAGCAUUCGUCGCAGCGAUGGUGGACAAUUUGGGCGUGGGCAAUACCUUCACAGGCGAGAUUGAAGAGAUCGAAGCGGAAGUGGAGUUUGACGAUGGGGACAGUGAAGGUGGCGAAGACGAAGAUGAAGACGACGAGGAAGAGGAACAGUGGUACGAGUCGCGCGAGGCUAGGAGAGCGAGUAGCGAGACAAGCGACAGCGACACCGCCCCGUCUUCAAGUCGUACAUCUGAGGACAGAUCCGCUCUUUCCGAUGCGAUUGGUCGAACAUCACGAUCGAGCAACUCAACGACAGCAACCUCGAUAGAGCAGCCUUCAAUCAGCGCGCAGGCGAGCAAAUGGAGACCUCCACUGCCUGGUCGCAGUGUGUCUCAAUUGACAGCAAGGCCAGCAGACAAAGAUCUGCCACCACUGCCGCCUGCACCUCUCACCUCGGAGCCCUCGGCGUCUGACGGUCCUUCAGCAGCUUUGACCCGAGCGAGCAAGAAAGCGAAGCCACCUCGCGCUCCUGAGCUCAAAAUCUUGCCGGACAUGGUCCCGCUGUUCACCGAGAUGGUACGUCCUCUUCUGCGUCCUGCCAGAAGCCUCUCAAGCGAUUCUUUGCAGAGUCCAAUCAGUCCGUCAACAGGCUCAGCAGGAUCGAACAGCAGGACUUUCAGUGAAGGUCUGCCACCACACGCCCGUCAAACUUCGGGUUCCGAAAGUCAGCAGGCUGGCUGGGGUUCCUCGACGUGGGGCUGGAUCACCGGUUCCGCGCCGCAAGCUCCUUCUGGUGGAGGUUCUCGUCCCCAAAGUGGCCAGCGCAUAGAUGCGGGGCCAGAGUACAGCAGCAGAGCGCCUGGACCGGCUUCGCCUCCACGGAGAGGUGAGCCUCAGGCUUACUCGAGGUCAAGAGAGUCGUCUGCGCCAGGCACGCAGCCGUAUGUGCCACGCGCGCGGAGAGAUCCCGCUGGCGGAGGACGAUGAUCCAUGCGCAGGAGGUCGACGCGUUACCCACUUAUACACGUGCUUCUGAAUUCGCACGCUAUCCUCUUCCGAGCUUGCUAUGUACUACACGCGGUGUGAUGACCGGAUGAGAAUCAAGUGUGCAAUAGAAUCAAGGCCUCGUUCCGACACCAGACGCCACCAAGAAUUGUCUCUGACAGCUAGCGCAUUUCAUUGUGUUACAUUGAUG